UCACUCGCGGAUUCUCGACAGCAAUCAUCAACAUGGCAGCCUUUCUCAAGGACAUCUUUGGCGCCUCUCAGCCAUCUGCCUCUUCUGCUCCUUCUGGCGAUUCUGGUACGUAAUUAGUGAAUACCCCGAAUAAUUCAUCAAUUGCUAACAUGGAAUGGACAGACUUUGCGGAUUUCGCUGGAGCUCCUGACCCAACCCCAGCAGGUCUCUCGAAAGCCCCGACAUCUGGGUUUGGAGGAGCUGUGCCAAUCGGAAGCGCUGUUCCUUGGACAAAAUGGUACAAUGUGCAUGAGCGACACUCACUCAGCGAUUUCAAGCAAGAAGGGCUUAUUCUCUCCUUCAUUGCUGUUAUUAUUGUGAUACAUCUUUUUGGAACAGGCACCAACCAAAAGAAGGCCAAGUCAUGGAUCGCGGCGCAUUCGUCGCUCUUGAAGAAAGAGUUUGCACUUGUUGGAUUUGGUGGCCCACAACCUCCAAGCGUGGAUGACGUUCAGAGCGAAGGUCUUGCGAAGAGCUUGGCCUCCGACACUCUACACCUACCAGAGGAUUUGUUGAAAGAGAAAUCGCCUUACGAGUUCGCAACAUAUGCGACUGGUCGACUAAACAUCGCGUUCCUCGAUGUCAAUUUGACUCUCCACAAACGCUACAGCCCGGUAUCGACGAUUGCUGAAUAUGCCAUGAGCUUGUUCUUCGAGAGUAUGCCAACCCCCGCUGAGCGAAUGGAGGCCAUUAUCUAUCCAUUCGACGGACGUGAGGCUCUCUCAGUUCCAGGCGCACCCCCGGGCGCUCAAGAGGUUCGAAAAGACCCUAAGAGCAACUACGAUGGAUUUGUAUGGGCUCUCGUAAACAAGGAUACUAUGAAACAACUUCGCGAUGACCGUUACGAUGUAUCUCUCACUGGCACAAAAGACAGCCCUAAACUUCCAAAUUGGGUUACUGUCAUGAGUGAAAGCGCUGAAAUUACCGAGUUCAUGCUCACGCCAGAGCUCAUCAAGGCUGUUGAAGAGGCUGGCGAGCUUUUGGAACAUUUGAUUAUUUCUGAUCAACCAGUUGAUCAGCCACAGAGGUGAGUCCAAACGCUUCUUCCCUUGAAAAUACUGGAACUAACCGAGUAAUUCAGACUCGAUGAUACCGCCCCUAAGAAGCGUAUCCAAUUGUCCUAUACUAUUCCAUCAUCUGGCGAUUAUUCUAAACUUACUCCUAUUUUCACGUACUUUCUCCGCUUGACCGAUACUCUCGUUCAGGGGGCCCAUUUCCGACCAGAAGUUCUACGAAAAGUUCGUACGACUCGUGAAGAUGCUAUCCGAAAGUUGCAAAAGGCCGACGAAGAAGAAAAGGCUGAGGAGAGACAAUUGGAGAAGGAGAAGGCAAAGAAGCUUAAGAGGGACCUUGAGCUCAAGGGUCUUGAUGCCAAGGCGCAAAAGAAGUACCUGGAAAAGGAGAAGGAUAGAGAGAUGAAGAAGAUGCAAAAGAAGCAAACGCAGAGAGGAUAAGUUGUGUGUGAGAGGGGGGAAUGUAUUGAUGUGUAAGAUCAAUCUUGGCGCUUUCGUUUGGGAAUACGAGGCUGCAUACCUGUAAAAAUAAAAACCCAAUGGGAAGCAUUAUAAAGUAAUUAUAAAA